AUGGAUCCCCACGCAGCUCUCGAGCUGCUGGAUUACCUGCGAACAUGCUACCCGUGCUUCCUCUUCGUCCUCUUCAUCGUGGCAUUCAUAGCCAACACCGUGUCUACCGCCAGGAAAUCUAAAAAGGCCGAAUCCCCACGCAUGGGACCCGGCGGACGCCAGCUUCCCCAACGAUCGCGUAGCUCCGGCAUCAACGACACGCAGGGGUUCUCAAAGAGCACCAAGCAUGUCUUCAACUGGCUCUCGGCCGCCGUGCUUCUGACUUUCCUCGCAGAUGCGACGAUCUACAUCGUUCAUGUGAUGGUCGCAAGGUCUGAGCAUUGGUGGCGUGGACAAUCGGUGGUGGUCUACAUCGUCGGCUCUUUUUUCGUUUACGCGGUCUUACUCAUGACAUUACUCGAUACCACCCCAUCCCCAACACUCGCUCAAUUCGUCUGUUGGUUGGUCGCCAUCCCGAUGGAAUUGGUUAUUCUUAGCACUUCUAUGUUCAUUUACACCUCGGUCCACCAUGAGCCCAUCGUUGGAGACCCCGAGGGUGGUCGGAUUCGCCGAAGCAUUACACCAUGGGAGUCUUUGGAGGUCGCCUCGAAUGCUAUCCGGGUCCUUAUCCUGUUCGCGCUGGUCGUUCUCUACGCCAGCAAGUCAAUUAGCUGCAAGCGGCAUGGCAAAAAAUCUGGACGCGCAAAUGAAGGUGUCUCCGAGUCGACUGGUUUGUUAGACCCGUCAAGUGCUGAGAACGGUGCGGCCAAUGGUAAUGGCAACGGCCAUGCAUAUGGCUCAACAAACGGAAAUGGACACCCCGAGCCUGCGAAAGAAGACAAGUGGGUUCGUCCGACAUCAAUCCCCUCGACUAGCUGGUGGGAGUAUCUGAGUGGCUACUCGCUUUUCUUCCCUUACUUGUGGCCCUCCAAGUCCCGCCGGCUCCAAAUUGUCGUGGUGGCCUGUUUCAUUUUACUCGUCCUCCAACGAAUCGUCAAUGUCCUGGUGCCCUACCAGGUCGGAGAAGUCACAAAGGCCCUGGCUGGAGACGAGGGUCAAUUUCGUGUUCCUUGGUUCGAGAUCUUUAUGUAUGUUGUGUAUAGAUGGCUACAGGGAGGUCAAGGUUUGCUGGGUUCUCUGCGCUCUAGUCUUUGGAUUCCCGUGAGCCAGUACUCUUAUAUGGAGCUUUCCACUGCCGCCUUUGAGCAUGUGCAUGGUCUCAGCUUGGACUUCCAUUUGGGCAAGAAGACUGGUGAAGUGCUCUCGGCACUGAGCAAGGGUAGCUCGAUCAACACAUUUUUGGAGCAGGUUACCUUCCAGGUCGUCCCCAUGUUAGUUGAUCUGGGGAUCGCGGUUGGUUAUUUCCUAAUUGCUUUCGAUGUAUACUACGCCCUUGUGGUGGGUAUUUCCACCUUUGGAUACCUUUACGUGACUAUCCGGAUGGCUCAAUGGCGGGCAGAGAUCCGACGACAGAUGGUUAAUGCCUCACGACAAGAAGAUGCUGUCAAGAACGACUCGAUGGUCUCAUAUGAGACAGUCAAGUACUUCAAUGCGGAGCAGUAUGAAUUCGACCGUUAUCGUGACGCUGUCGGCACCUUCCAAAAGGCCGAGUACCACGUUCUCUUUUCUCUCACUCUUCUUAACACCUGCCAGAACACUGUCUUCAUGAUGGGCUUGUUGACGACUUGCUUCAUCUGCGCGUUCCAGGUUUCCACUGGCCAGCGGCCUGUUAGUAAGUUUGUGUCAUUGUUGACCUACAUGGCCCAACUUCAAGGUCCCUUGAACUUUUUCGGCACCUUCUACCGCUCUAUUCAGUCUGCGCUCAUAAAUGCAGAGCGCAUGCUGGAGUUAUUCCGAGAGCAGCCCACUGUGGUCGAUAGCCCUCGUGCGGUACCGUUGGCUGCGUGCAAGGGCGACAUCCGCUUCCAGAACGUUGAGUUCGCCUAUGACUCUCGGAAGCCGGCUCUGAAUGGACUCACGUUCCACUGUGAACCUGGUACCACCACUGCUUUAGUCGGAGAGUCGGGUGGAGGCAAGUCCACGGUCUUCCGACUUCUCUUCCGGUUCUACAAUGCCGAGAAGGGCUGUCUCCGUAUCGAUGGCCAUGAUGUGCAAGACGUCACCAUUGACUCUCUGCGCAAGCAUAUUGGCGUUGUACCGCAGGAUACUGUGCUUUUCAAUGAGACAUUGAUGUAUAACCUGAAAUAUGCCAACCAGGACGCUACUGAUGAACAAGUGUACGAAGCCUGCCGGGCCGCCAGCAUCCAUGAUAAGAUUAUGGGAUUCCCUGAUGGGUAUAAUACUAAGGUUGGAGAGCGUGGUCUGCGUCUCAGUGGUGGCGAAAAGCAACGUGUGGCUAUCGCUCGCACUAUUCUCAAGGACCCUCGCAUCAUUCUCUUGGAUGAAGCCACGGCUGCGCUUGAUACUGAUACAGAGGAGCAUAUCCAAGGAGCUCUUUCAACUCUUUCUCAUGGCCGCACUAUGCUCGUCAUUGCUCACCGACUCAGUACCAUUACUACAGCAGACCGCAUUUUGGUGUUGCAAAAUGGUCAAGUCGCCGAGAGCGGUACCCACGAAGAGCUUCUUGCCAUGAAGGGUCGUUACGCCGGCAUGUGGCGAAAGCAGAUCCGGGCCCAAAAGGCCGCAGCUGAGGCCCAGGUUCUUCAAGACCGGGCGGAGCGUCUCCGCAAUGCUACAACUAACAGCGACGAUAGCUCCAGUCAAUCAGACGAGGACCGCAAUGGCACUGGUACUCCCCGUCCAGCCAAAUAA